AGAAGUGCUCGGAGCUCCAGUCUACGCCGCGCCAGCCCGCAAGGGGCCGCGGCGACGUCGCCCGUUUAAGAGCCAGCCUCCCUUAACUCUCUCUUAACGGGGCUUCCCGGCGGGGGCUCUUGGCUCCCGGCAGCAGCCACCUCCCCUCGCGGCACUUCCGGACCCCGGCGUCGCCCUUUUAAGAGGCAGCCCCCAGCAGCGCUCUCCCCGCCCCCUGUUGCCGGCGCGCGAGGCGGGGGAGCCGGGCUGGAGCCGAGCGCGCGGUCCGCGCGGCCACUGGAGACCAGGCGGCCGGCGGCCGGGCAGGCGGCGGCGGAGCGCGCGGCGGCGUGGCGGCGGAUGGGGACGCGGAGCCGGGCGGCUGUGGCGGCUGUGGCUGUGGCGGCGGCGGGGAAGCAGCUGACGGGCCGGCGGCGGCGGCGGCGCUGGCGGCGGUGACUGGUCCAGGCCCCGGCGGCGGCUGCUGCAGCGACGCGGUGGCGGGCUGCGGGCGGGCAGCGUGAGGAGCGGCGGCGGAACGCGGGGCCGCCGGGAACCGAGGGCGCCGGGCCGCCCCCUGCCCAGUCCUUGCAGGCCGCCAGGCCCCCUCCAGCCGGGGCCGUGGAGCACCGGGGCAAAGGCCGGGGCCCCCCCAUGAAGGAGCGCGACGCGGCCCCGGCCGAGCGGGGCAAGCCGGCCACCUACACCGGGGACAAGAAGGCGAAGAUGGCGGCCAAGACCAACAAGAAGUGGGUCCGGCUCGCCACCGUGUUCGCCUACGUGCUCUCCGUGUCGCUGGCCGCCAUCGUGCUCGCCGUCUACUACAGCCUCAUCUGGCAGCCGGUGGGCGCCGGGACCUCGGGGGGAGCCGCUGGCCCGCCCCCCGGCGGCUCCAACGCCACCGGCCCGUCUGGGACUUCGGGGGCGGGGGCGGCGGCGGCGGGGCCCAACACCACUGGGUCGUCCCGCCGCGAGGCGCCGCGCGACGCUCCCCCACUGCAGGCAGCGCGGCCGGCGCCUCCGGAGCCCCCUGCGGACAGCUCCCUGGCCGGGCCGCUCGAGCGGCCUCGGGGGCCGGACGAGGACGAGGAGGAAGCGGUGGCGGCGCCCGGGAGUCGUUGAAGCCCUCCGCGCAGGGGGCAGCCGGGAACCAUCCUCCCCAAGCCCAGAGGCAGGACUUCGCAGCAGGAUGGGGUGGGGAGCCCGCGGGAAUGACCCCACGGGAGUGAGCACCCCCCCACACUCCCACCAUCGCCGGCUGGCCCCGGAGCGGGAGGCCCGCAGCCAGAUCUUCAGCCAAGGGACCACGAUUCGCCGGGGGGCUGGGGGUUUGCUGCCCAGGACCGUGCUGCACCAGGGCCCUGAGCCGUAGGGGGAUGGGGGGAGGGGUGGAGAGAUCCCGGCACCAAACCCUUCUGCGCUGCUCGCUCUGGUGUAUCCUACAUGCAGGGAUGACUGGGGCUUUCCCCCAAGACUCAGGGGAAGGAUGGAGCUGUAGGGGCUCUUUUUAAGUAAGCUGAAGCUCUCGAAAGGAGGAGGGCACCAAAAGUAGUGGAGCUCAGGUACGUCAACCUAGUUGCAGUGGCCAGAGAUGCAUUAAAUUUCUAGAUCCCUGUAUAUAGUUGUUGACAUAUGCACUAGAAGCUAUAAUCACAUAGAAUUCUAUGUAUAUCCUCCCACACCCUGGGUAGCUACUGACUGAAGGGGUCAAGCAAGGGCUAUUUGCUGGCCCCCAAAGUACACCUGGCCAGAAGGGCACAAACACGGCUUCUUAAAUCACUCACUUUCUCCUGUUCCCCUCCUAUUUCUGAAAUAUAAGUUUAUGACGUUCUUUCACAAAAGAGUAUAAUCAUUCUUAGACUGUUGACAUGGCUGUGGAAAGCCUUAGGAGAAGUAGGAGCAAUUUAGGGAGGGUGGGGAAUGUACUCAUCCCCUCUUUCCAUCCUAGGGCCCCCACCAAAGAGGCUUGUUGCAGCCCUCAGUAUCUGGAUAUGGGCCAGGGAGGAAGGAGGGGAAAGAGCAAUGCUGCUGUGCUUCAAUCCUGGCCUUCCCCUCACAGAAUUCUUUUAGGAAGAGCAAGCUUUUGUAAGUAGAGUGACUGACUGACGAGUGUUUUUAUCUUUUUUUUUUUUCCUGCUCCUCAAAAUGUUGUCUUGUUCCGGCAAUCACUUUUGCCCCCCUUCUUUCCUGAGCCUGUAGUGACAAAGCCCCGCGAUUUGGGAUGAAAUCUGUUGUGACCCCAGAGCUUUGAUCACACACACAUCCUCUGGUUUUGAGUAAUGCUACAGAAUCAGAAAGGCUGGAAGGUGGGCUUCACAUUCAGGAUUGUGCUUUGAGAGCCAGCUAAUAGACUAGCCAAGGGAAGGUUGAAUUGGCUGUCUUUACCUUUCCUGAUAAGCCCUACUUAAAUGCAGCCUGUAAUUGUAUAAAGGAGAUGAGAAACAUCAAGAGAAAUAUGUGGACAUGUGUGUAGCUCUGGGGUAGCAAGAACUAGACUUCGUCAAUUUGGAUUCCAUUUCCUUCUGCCACUUGCUUUUAGGCAAUUGAGUGUGGGUAGUGAUGAGAUAUCAAACCCCUUAGUGUUUCCUUUUUGGGAAAUGAGGCACUAUUUUUUAAAAAAAAAAAAAAACAACUUACCCACCUGAGUCCUGAAACAGUUUGUCUCUCCAGUUUUCUGGCCUAUACUCUGGUUAGCUCUGAUCCAAGUUUACAGGACAACAGCCUUCUUUAAGCCAUGUCCUGUUGUGGGCACGAUAAUAGCAACUGAGCUGUCACAGCCUACCAGCAGGCUGGUAACACCUCCAGGGUCUCUUGGCUAUAGCAGAUUUCUUAGCAGCUGACUAGGACUUCAGUCAUUGGGAAGCCUGUGAGGCCUUUACAUUUUUGGUGUGAGACGGGGAAGAAACAUAAAAUGCCACUUUAUAACUUCAAUACUAGCCUGUAAUUUAUAUUUACUGUGUGAAUUUUUAGUCCUAUAUUUUAAUAAUUUGUAAAUUGAUCUUUAUUCCAAGAAUCCUUUGAACUUGUAGAACAUCUGGGAGUCCACUUCCCUGUCCUCUUCCUGAUCCCUGCUUUCUGGACUGUUUAAAUCCUCUUUGGGAUGGAUCAGAGAGUCUAGAGAGGCCACUCGUAGUUCCAGCUGCUGGCCUCCUGACUCUCCAAAGCCUUCACUGGAAUUGGGACAUUUGCUCCAGCCCUAGCUGUGAACAUGACCAGAGACAUUAUUUAUAAUUCAGCCAUUUAAGAUAUACCUGUACUCAAAAAGUCCUGUAUAUUUUUUAAAAGUUUUAUUUUUCAGGUGAACAAAAAUACAUCCUAAGAACUCUGCCUAA